CUAAGGGAGCAAUAGUCUUUGCUUUCUGUAGUAGGUACUCCUGAUGACGUGGUGAAGCAAGGUGAGCUACCCUGAAGUCAAUAUGAGGACAAUAUCAAGGCCUUCUGUCUCAUGAAAUGAAAUGCCAAAAGAGGUGGGGAAAUUUGAGAGAGAACAAACCAUGGUAAUGUGCAUGGAUAACUGCGUGAACUGUAAUUAAUGACGGAGGGCAGGCUAAUGAGAUAAGGAAAUCUCAUCUGAACAAAGCUCAUGAGUCAAGCAGGAUUUGGGGAAUUUCACAAUUCCUCCACUGGUGUGUGGUGUUUACUCUGACCUCUCUUCAGGCAGCCGUUAAUUGCUGCCUGAUGAACCAAACCCAAUAACAACAUUAACAGACCUGCUAAUUACCACGGAAUGGAGACUAACUCCUCCAGAACGUAUAAAGGAGAACUUCUGUCACCCCCACCAGAGGAGCUGAGGAUCCUUCACUCUCAUUUCUCCUCCUGCUUCAGAACCUUCCCUGCCUGUGCUCUCGCCUUCUCUUAACGCUCUGAAAGCGACGCUAUGAGCCAACAUUUCUACCGAUUUGGGGAUGGGAAUUUCAGUUCUUUUUCUGCUCACUGUGGCAGACUGGGUGGUGGGAGAAGUUCAUCUACCGUAAGCUAUUGUGAAGACAAUAGAGGAGAAGAAAGGUACAGUGGUUAUGGGUAUGGGUAUGGUUAUGGCAGCAGGAGUCUCCACAACCUUGGUGGGUUUAGGGAUGUUUCUACUGGUGGAGGCUAUGGAGGAGAAGGAGGAGGCUAUGGGAGGUGCCUGGGAUUUGGUGGUAGGAGACAUCUUGAUAGGGGCUUUGGUAGAAGAGGAUAUUUUGUGGGAGCUUUUCAAGGUGGUGAAGCAGGGCUUGGUAGCAUGUGUGGCAGAAGUUCAGGCAGGGAGGUGCUUGGAGGAGGCUUUGGUGGAAGUGCCUUUGGUGAACAAGGGGCUGGACAGGGUUUUGGGCAGGCUGGUGUUGGCAGAGGCAUUGGGGAAGUCCAUGUCAACACCAACCUGCUGAGGCCAAUACAAGUACAAGUUGACCCCGAGUUCCAGAGAGUGCGGUCAGAUGAGAAAGAGCAGAUUAAGGCUCUCAACAACAAAUUUGCAUCAUUCAUCAAUAAGGUUCAAUGUCUUGAGCGGCAGAACCAGGCUCUGCUGGCCAAAUGGGAACUUCUGCAGCAGCAAAGUGCCCGACCGGAGGAGAGCAGAAAUAUCACCUCUUUCUUCCAAUCUUACAUCAGCAACCUGCAGAGGCAGCUAGAAAUGCUCCAGAGCCAGAAGGAGCAGCUGGAUCCAGAAGCUUAUAAUAUGCUUCAGCUUGUUGAAGAUUAUAAAAAGAGAUUCGAGGACGAGAUCAACAAGCGCGCAUCUAAAGAAGAGGAGUUUGUGGAGCUUAAAAAGGAACUGGACAGUGCCUACAUGGGAAAAAUGGAGUUUGAUGUUCGGGUGGAAAUACUGAAGCAGGAUCUUGAGUUCCUUAGAUGCUUACAUGAAGCUGAGCUGUCCCAGCUGCAAACAGUAGUUGGCAACACCAAUGUCAUUCUGUCCAUGGACAACCAUAGAGAACUGAACAUGGAUGGCAUCAUUGAAGAAGUCAGGCAGGAGUAUGAGACAAUUGCUCAGAGAAGCAAAGCUGAAGUAGAUGCCAUGUAUCAGGGCAGGUACCAGGACCUUCAGAACAUGUGGGUAAAUCAACGUGAGCAACUGAGGAACAGUUAUCAGGAAAUCCAGGAACUUAUCAGGCAGAUCCAAAGACUACAACAAGAAAUUGAAAUUGCAAGGAGAAAGAAUAACAGCCUCCAAGAAACCAUUAAAGAUGCUGAGCAGCGUGGGAGCUCUGCCAUCACAGAUGGCCAGCAAAAGCUUCAGGAUUUGGAAAAUGCCCUGCAGCAGGCCAAAGAUGAUCUCACUCGCCUUCUUCAUGAUUAUCAGGAGCUCCUGAGCGUGAAAAUGGCCCUGGAUAUUGAAAUUGCCAUGUAUAGAUCACUUCUUGAGGAGGAGGAGACCAGGUAG